UAUUCGUGAGAAGCUGUCCAGUCGCAGGCAGGCCAGGCCAGCAUAAUGUCGUUGACUGCGACAUUUUUUAAAAAUCUGAGUUCCCAGUAAAAUUGACUGCUGGCCUGUUCAAAAAUCGUGGAUUAGCUGGGAACUGGGUGAUAUCAUCGAUUAAUUCAUUCACUUUUCAAGAAUGAGUCUGCUGAAAGCUUCAUGUUUCGUGCGAACAUGGAGAAGCGUGGUGAUUCGGACAGCGAGCAGCAAUGGGCCGCAAGCCAACACAGACCCCAGCAGCACCCCCGAGCAGAAGCUGAUGAAGAAAUGGGGAACGGACAACGUGCGAAUCGCACAGCAACUGGAGGAGGGCACAGUCAAGCCUUUCAACACCAUUCCUGGACCCAGGUCGUUCUCAUUCCUCGGCACUAAACCGCUCUUCUGGAAGAUUGUCGGAAAAUAUGACAAAGACCAACACAUGGAGACCUAUUACAAAUUCUACAAAGAGUUCGGAGAGAUAGUGAGAGAAGAUGUGCAUCCUAAACACCCCCUGGUUCACAUCUACAACCCUGCAGAUAUGCAGACGAUGUUCAUCUAUGAGGGAACCUAUCCGAUGAGAUACAGUCACAUGGUGCUCGAGAAAUACCGCCUAGAAAAACCUGAAGUCUAUGCUAGCGGAGGUAUUCUGCCAUCAAACGGGCCAGCGUGGUACGCCCUGCGUAAAAAGUUCCAGAAAAGUCUGCAGGACUACAGGGAGGUGGAGAAGUACGUCGGACGAGUGGAGGAGAUCACAGAUGAGUUUCUGGAAGCUCGGAUUCAGCCCGGCAUAAUUGAGGACUGUUCCCAAGAAGUAGCUCGGCUAUUCAUGGAAUUGACGUCAUUGGUCGCAUUUGACGAGCGUUUCCACGCGUUCAGCGAGGCCGAGAUGCGGCCGGAUUCGCGGUCGAGUCGACUAAUGGGGUCUGCCUCAGUUAUAAACUGCUCUAUCAUGAAGACCAACCUGAAUCACAUUCUGUGGCGUCUCUUCCCGCAGCUCUCCAAAGCCUGGCGGGAUCUGGUCGUCGCUCAUGCUUAUGUCGAAGAGGUUGCUCUAGAACAAAUAGCGAAGAAAAUGGCGUACAUAAAAGAGAUCGACGCGACGCGACCGGAGAACAGAGCUCCGACCUCCACGCUGGAGAGUUACCUGAGGCUGAAGGACACUGAUAUCCGCGACAUCACCGGCAUGAUUGUCGAUCUCCUAUUGGGUGGAUCAGACACUAUCACGUCCAGCAUGAGCUAUCUGCUGCACAACCUGUCCAGACACCCGGCAGUGCAAGAGAAGAUCUACGAAGAGUGCCUGCGCAUCCAGCCGGACGACAACGGGCGACUGCCCCAGGAUGUCGCUCAGAAGGCGACCUACACCAGUCAGGUGAUCAGGGAGUCCCUCAGGAUCAACCCUGUUGCCAUCGGCAUAGGGAGAGUACUGCCCGUCGACGUUGUCAUGAGCGGAUAUCAUGUCCCCAAAUUUACACACAUAGUAUCGCAGAACCAAGUGGCCUGCAGACUGCCGCAAUACUUCGACGAUCCUCUAGAGUUCCGUCCCGAGCGCUGGGAGAGGCGUCGCUACAUCCGGGGAGAGGACCACCUCCAGGAGGAGCGCCUCGUCAGCGAAAAGUGUCUGUCCAUUCCCUUCAGUCACGGGUCACGUGUCUGCAUUGCCAAAAAGGUCGCCGAGUUGGAUAUGAUUGUGCUGCUGCUCAAGCUCUGCCGCCGUUAUACAAUGAGAUGGGCGGGUGCUCCCAAAGUCGGCAUGAGAACUGUGCUCGUUCAUCAACCGGACACACCAAUCAGAAUCGAGUUUACUGAGCGCAAGUCACUUGCUGACUCAUCAACUCCAUCACCGAGAACCUAAGGAAAAACACAGGAGGUCAACUUCUGCUAUAUUUGAACAUUACAGUUAGGAAUCAUAAUUUUACGAGAUAACUUAGUUCAUAAGUAAUCGAGAAAUGUUUUAGAAUUAUCCAUGUUAUUCUUUAAGAGUAGAGUAAUUAUUUUAAUCCUAGGCAUGAUUGAUUAGUAGAGAAACACGUUGAUAAGGGAUUUGAUAGGAUAAAUCUGGUUGCUAAUUUGUAUCGGUCCUUCAUGGUAUCAUUUGACUUGUAGCAUAGCCACCUCUAAUACAAGGCCCCGGCCUACGAUGUUGCAACGUCGCAGUGUAGGCCUAGAAUCUAAUACAUGAUUGGUGAAAAAGAUUU